UUGUGCAGGAUAAGGACAAAAUACAAGUUGCAACAUGUGGGAGCUCGUGAUAGCCACUUUGGUCCUCGUGAUUGUGCAUUGGCUCAUGAAAAGAAGGGAACACUUCAAUUUUUUUAAGAAUCUCGGCAUACCCGGACCGACGCCGAACAUAAUCUUCGGUAACAUGUGGGAGAUGUACAAAAAGUCACCAGUCAAGGCUUAUCGCGAGUGGAUUGACAAGUACGGUGACGUCGUUGGGUACUUUAAUGGCUACCGUCCCGUCAUCCUCGUGGCGGAUCUCGAAUUGCUCAAGCAGAUUCAAAUCAAGGACUUCCAUGACUUCGUCGACAGAGGCCUCCUGUUCCAAGCGAAGCGUCCUUCAAGCCCGCACAACAAGAGUCUCGUGCAGCUCACCUCGACACGUUGGAAGGAAGUGCGCAGCGUGCUCACCCCUUCCUUCACCACGAACAAGCUCAAGAUGAUGUCUCCGGGAGUCAUCUCGGCUGUCGAGAAGCUGGUCUCCAAGAUAGACCGCAAGGCAGAAACGGGAGAUGAGUUCGAGGUUGGCGAGAUGUACGCCGCCCUUGCGCUGGACGUGAUCUGCAAGAGUGCCAUGGGCAUCGACUACAAUCUGCAGGACCACCCCCGGCACCGUUUCCUGCUCUGCUGUCGAAUGCUGUUCGGAUGCGCCUUCUCCUUCAUAGCUGUACUACUGACCGCGUUUCCGGGAUCCGCAGGGCUACUCAAGUUCAUCAACUCUCGUUGGCUCCGCUACCAGAACAGCGGCGUGCACCCCUUCAUCGAGGUGCAGGAAAAAUGCAAGCGAAUCGUCGGCCAGCGACAGCAGGACACAUCGCUCCGUCAGAAGGACUUGCUGCAGCUGAUGAUCGACGCAAAAGAGUCGCGCGUUGACCUGGGUUCCGUCACGUCCACUCAACUGACCGCUGGUGAAGAGAAUGAGCAGGAGCUCCCGAAUGGAACCACCUCGACAACCGAAAACGCAAGUGGUAACCUGUCUGUCUUUAACAAGGCCGUGCUGGAUGACGACGACAUCACGCAGAACGCAUUCGUGGUGCUGGUGGCAGGGUUCGAGACUACGAGCAACACGAUGGCUCUCGUGACGCACAUGCUCAGUCACCACCCGGAAGUGCAGGAGAGGAUGAGGGAAGAGCUGUUCUCCGUCAUUGCGCCUGAUGAGCCCAUUACGUACAACACCAUCCAGAAACUCACCUACAUGAACUGUGUGAUUCAGGAGACGAUUAGGAUGUACCCGCCAGCCUUCGCGUUCGUGACACGGGAGGCCGCGGUGGACAAAGAAUACGGCAAGAUUCGAAUCCCCGCUGGCACAGCUGUCAUGGCGGCCGUGGAAUACAUCCACAGGGAUCCUCGACACUGGGAAGAGCCAGACAAGUUCGACCCUGACAGGUUCCUGCCCGAGAACAAGUCACGGAUCAACACCAUGGCGAUGCAGGCCUUCGGCAGCGGACCGCGAAAUUGCAUCGGAAUGCGAUUCGCACACAUGGAGCUGCGGUACACGUUCGCGCACAUCUUGCGCAAGUACCGGCUGGAGAAAACCGAAAACAGCGAAAAGGACCCGCCCAACAUUGAGAUGAACCCGAUCAUCCUCAAGAUCAAGAGCGGUGUCAAAGUCAGGGCCGUCCCACUGUGAUAAUUCGGGCGCUGUCUAACGACUACAGCGAAAACCUCCGCACGAUGAACAUCUCUGUGACUUGCCUGCAUAUGGAGUGCAAAAUGCUGACUUUGCACUCGUUUUACACCGGUGCGAGGAUUUCACUUCAAACCGUGGUCAUCAAACACACCGCAAUUACUCCCAUCCGCUAA